AUGGCAGCCUACUUGAGCCGGCUGCACCACAUCUCCCUGCACGUCUCCAACGUGGAGAAGAUUGCUCACGAUCUGGUGAACAAGUUCCAGUUCGAUCUGUUCGCCGCGCGCCUGUGUGCAGAUGUGCGCCAGCUGGCUUUCCGCAAAGGAUCCGCGGUGUUCGUGGUGAGCGAGAGAGCGGCGGAGCAGCAGCAGCAGCACCGGCGGCACCGCGGUCAUCCGGACGGGACCCUGCACGGGGAUGACGUCACGGCGGGGUACCUGUACGACGUGCGCCCGCGCUACCCGGUGGACAGCGCGUGUAACGUGUGCUUCCAGGUGGAGGACGUCGCGCGGUCGGCGGCGUCGUUGCGCUCGGACGGCUGCGACCUUCUCGUGCCCCCGACGCGUGUGCAGGACGACGGCGGGGUCGUCACCUACUCGGUGGUCAGGUCGGUGCUCGGUAACGUCUGCCACACGCUCCUGGACACCAGCCGUCACCGGGGGCCGUUCCUGCCCGGGUUUCACGAGGUCGAGGACGAGCGCGCCACGAGGUCAGCGGGUCCGGGGGCGCGCUGCUCGGUCACGCAUUUCGACCACAUCACGUACGCGUGUCCGACGCGCAACACGGCUGAGGUGAUGCGCUGGUACGAGCGCAAAUUUGGCUUCCAGAGGUUCUUCAUAAGCAGAGACGAGGACGCAGAUCAAGGGUACGUCCUGGAUCAGGAUGGAAUCGGACUGCGUCUGACCGCUAUGGAGUACUGGAAGUGUAGCGAGACGGGAAUCAAGCUUCCCUUCAAGGACGAAAAGGAGCCGGACUGCAAAUUCGUCAUAGCCGAGUCCCUACCUGAACAGGGUAGGAAUCAGGUGGACACGUUUCUGGAGCAGCAUCGUGGUCCAGGCAUCCAGCACAUCGGUCUGUUCACACGCGACAUCGUAUCUACAGCCGAGACCAUGGCUGGCGCUGGAGUUCAGUUCUUCUCUCCUCCUGCAGCUUACUACACUAAGGUGGGGAAGCAGCAAGAGAUCGAAGAUGCUGGGCAUGACCCGAAAGCUCUGAUGCAGCACGGCAUCCUGUUGGACACAGACCUGCACAGCCAUGGGGAGAGUUCACAUGUGGCUGAUCAGAGGUAUCUUCUACAGGUGUUCACCAAGCCCAUCUUCUCUGAAGACACCUUCUUUCUGGAGCUGAUCGAGCGCAGGGGGGCCACCGGAUUCGGAGAGGGAAACAUCCGCGCUCUGUGGAGAUCCGUUCAGUCCUACAUGGCGAACGAGGACCAACAAGAGAACACACUGACCUCGGAGAUGAAAAUCAAACAAACUGGGCAGCAUUGAUGACCGACCGAACGUGACCUCAGAUUAGUUAGAUGUGGUCGUUUAUGCAGAAUAUGGUUUACAUGGUUACAUCAACCACUUCAUCGUGGUCAGGGUCUAGCUGGUCAUAAGACAGGAAUACUCUGGAAAAGAAACCAAUCCAUCACAGGGAUCUUCAGCCACGGCUCACAGACAUAGCCAGUCAUGUCUGGGUAGACGCAGAGUCGGCGGAUAGCACUGCUGGGAUUCAAACCCAGAUCUCACCGGUUGUGGUUUAGCGUAAGAGACCUCUGCGCCACCCGCACACCCCAGAAUGUGGUUGUUAUUUAACACUGGCAUUUAACACUCCCAUUAAAUCCAUCUUUCAGAUUUUGUUGUACAUCAGAAGUGAUUUUGUAAGCCUCUGAUAUUUAUUUUAUGUUGAGAAUAUUAAAAAAAAUA